CGGUUUCCCGAGUCGCCGAACCCUCCCAAAACCCUCGUCCAUGGCUUCCUCUCCGAUCUCCUCCGCCGAAACCCUAGCUCCCUCCCCGCCGGAAACCGAGCCCGAUCCGACGAAACCCGCCGUCGAUGCGGAAGGUGAUGGCGGAGAAGAUGGCAAGAAGAAGGAGGAGAAGGAGGAGGAGGAGGAAGAAGAAGAGGAGGAGUGCGGGUUCUGCAUCUACAUGAAGGGCGGAGGUUGCAAAGAGAGUUUCGUAGCGUGGGAGAAGUGCGUCGAAGAUGCCGAGAAGAGUGGAGAGGAUGUGGUGGAGAAGUGCUUCCAGGUGACGUCGUUGCUGAAGAAAUGCAUGGACGAGCACGCGGAUUACUACGAACCCGUCCUCAAGGCUGAGCAGGCAAUGGCGGAUGCCGUCGCCGCUGAGAUCCAGGAGUCUUCUUAAGAGCUUUCUGAGCCUCAGAAGUCUUCUCCAGAGCCUUCUGAGCCUCAGAAAUCUUCUCCAGAGCCUUCUGAGCCUCAGAAAUCUUCGGAACCAGAGAAUUAGAAAGGUCUCCUACAUUUCUUUCUCUCUUCAUACGUUUUGAGAAAUUCAAAUUGUGAUCUUUUGAUGAUUUUUGGAAUAAUUUAGGCUAUUUAUGAGCUCCAGUUAAUGAUUGACUUUGGGGGUUGAAUUCUCCCCAAAAACUCAAUUUUUGAAUUGAUACAUGUGUCCUUAAAAGUUUGAUAUUCUCUA